AGCUCUUCAAAGUUCAGCCCAAGCUCAGCUGAAUGUGAUGCUGCUGUGAGCUUUCAUCUUCACUACAUCUAUCAACAACCACCAAUAAUCACCGCCAGCAACCACCAUCAGCAGCCACCACCCCUAAUCCCGAAGCAGUUCCAAGAAUCCGAGCCAGGUUAACAGCUGAAUUCCUAUGGCGCAAGUUAACGGCAGACCAAAACGCAAAAAUUCAUUCUCGCCACCACAACAGAAGAAGCGAACUACUGGGGACGGUCGACCGGCAGCUUCUUACCGCGAGACUACCAGAGGACUCCUCGAUACAUUCCCCGAUCUCCCCACUGGUCCGUCGGGCCUGGGUCGGCGAAAUCGUGCCUCGGGCGGCGGAUUGACUUCCCAGCAAUCGCGAGUCGCGUCGGGGCCGUCAGCCCGCAAUUCAGAGAUGGAGGACGCUGUCGACGAUACAAUGGAGCUGCAGCAGGAUGAUGAAGAUUACUUUUCGGCAGGCGGUGAUGGAGACGACGGCAUGUUUUCAAGCCAAUCUUGUGGAAACUCGACCGAACGGUCGGACGGCGAGCUGAUGGAUGCACUUUACAAAUCUAAGAAUCUGGUUGAUCUGCCGGCAUGGGGUUGGGCAAAGAUACUGCCGCAACUUCAUCCGUUAGAGCUAGCUCAGCUGCAACUAUGUUGCCAGCUCUUCAAUACACUUGUUCAGAAAGACGCUGUAUGGCGGCGGAGCAGGAGCACGCACUUACCAGAGUUUCCAAAGCCCGUAUUUGGUUUGUCUGAACGAGAAAUGUUUCGCCUUUUGUUCGCGAGGAAGUGCAUGUUGUGCGAGAACCAAGGCGACAUCGAAACAUAUUGGCCCUUCCGAAUCAGGUGUUGCAAGCAGUGCUUGUCCGACAACACCACUAAAGAAUUUUCAUUGGAAUCUGAUGACGAGCCAUUCCCAGCAGAGCUGCUGGUUGGAUUGCCGUUUGGGAUGGUCGAUAUGAAGAACAACUGGGUUCCCGAGCCAAGCAGUUACCAGGCAGACAUUGGAAUCACCAAGAUAUACUGGAACAAAGAUCUCGAGUCUAUCAAACACCGUUACCAGGAAGUCGAGGAAAUGCUGGCCUCUGACGAGUGGCUGAAAGGUCUGGAGUCGAAACGAAACUUUUACAUGCAAGACAUCGAGAGGAUGGAGAGGUUUGAGAAGACGAGGCCGGCAGAUCUCAGCACAGCCAGUGGCCUAUGGAAAAGCCUCCGUGCUGAAAACACGUCGAAUACAGGUAUCAUUGAGUCGGAGAAUCAGCCACAGGAUCCUGAUGAAAUUAUGCAAGAACCAGGCGAUCCAGGUGCGGUAGUCAAUAUUGCGAAGCAACGGGAGAUCGAAGCACGCUGUAGAAAGCUUGAUCCUCCAUUAACGCUGGAAACGCUUAUCCAUUUGCCGUCGUUCCAGGCUUCUGUCAUGGAUGACAACCCUCUGGACGAGGCUAGUUGGAUGAUGUUGGAAACUAGUCUGUCAGAGGAACGGCAAAUGAAGAGAGAGCGCCAGUGGGAUACAGCAGUUGAAAUCAAUGGAAAGACCGAGUCUCAUACCAGCGGCCGCUCUUCGAACUCUCAGAAAGGAUUGGCUGAACAUUCAGACAGCGUUCAGCUUUCGAACCGAGAAAAGUUGCUCACAUAUGCUGGAGACGCCAUUCAGAGUUGGGAGGGUACUCUUACGAUGGAAAGUGCCCCCGCUUUUGCUGCCCAUGUUCUUAGUCGUUGUGGGAAGCAGUUUUAUGCGGAUGAGUCCACGAGGAGGAAAAGGGUCACGCUUGAGGAUAUGAAAUAUGUCUACGAUUCGAGGGUCAAGCCAAAGAUACAUCAGUUUCGCACGGAGAUCUUCCUAUGCGAUGGUUGUUCAACUAAUCUGAGAUGGUGGAAUUUUGAGUCGUUGGUUCAACAUUUCUCUGCGAAACACACCUACAGUCGCCGGGGGAAACAUCCGAAGGUCGAUUGGAGAGCGGAUUGGCCAGAAAUAGGACCGUUUCGUGCGGAUCCUGAUAAAUCGUUGCUGGAGUCACCACUUGGUGAGCAACCCGAGGGGGUUCCUCCGCAUGCACCCUCUGGGCCGAUGAGAGAGAUGCAUAGGUCUUCGUAUGCACAGAAAUGGUCGCAAGGUCUUGAGCAGCAUAUUCCCACAGCGCCUCGCAAUGGGCACGUGCAGAAGUACAAUGAGGAAGCCCGCCAGACACGCCUGGAUGCAUUGGCCGCUGACGCUAAGGCUGCAUGGGCGCUGCUUGCAAGUCUCAGAAAUAUCCCGCCGUCCAUCCACAUACACUUUGUCAUCAUAAGGACGGCUCGCAAGUAUCAGUCUAGGUUCUCGGAGGCUAUCCCUCUCGGCCUUUUCCUGGAUGCAUUGAUUGAGCAUCCUGCUAUGAGUUCGAUCAAGUACGGCGUUAAAGGAUUGAGGUGUAUUGAGUGCCAGAGACACCCAGGAAAGACGUCAGAAGGUGCAUCCAAGGCCGAUAGGGUUUUCCCCAUUGUCUCAUUGCUUCAGCAUUUUGAAACAGUUCACAUCGCUAGAAACAAAUCCGUGGUGCUUCCUGACUGGACUAGGGAUAUGGUCAGGCUUCCUCACCCACGAAUCAUCUCCGAUCUGGCCGAUGCGCUAGGAAAAGACACCCGCCAUCUUAUUGAAGACAUAUUCCCCUGGGCAUUUGGCAGUGCCAAUCGCGACCGUGCUGGAAGCAUGAGUGGUAGAUCUGGGCCAGCUUCCGCUGCUCCCCCAGGUGUGCACCGCCGUGCAGAUUCAGAAGCUGUGGCACCGCGCUACCCUAACGGGCAAUAUGCCACCCCAAGAUAUGGAGGCCCGCCGGUAUCCAGGGAUCGUUUGCAGCAAAUAGAGUUCGCCGGAGAUGUCCGACAGCAGCACAACCGCCGCGCUGAAGGAUUCCCUCUAAGCGCACCAGUCGACUAUGUUGACCGUCCAAAACGCACUUUCAACGAUGGGCACGGUGGCCACCAAACCAAUGGCAUGGCAAGGACCGAAUAUGUGAGGGACAGAGAUCCGCAUCAUAGUGGAUCGACCUCUCGCUACGAAGGCCAGCGAAGACAGCUUGUUGAGCAGGACACUGGCACCAAGACCGGUAUCCGACCACCUCGACCCACUGCGGUGGACUACAUCGUCCAGCAGCCCGCUCCGCGUGUCGGAAAUACUCGCUAUGAUUACGAGCGCUACGCCAGUCCCAGAGAAUACGCUCCGAGCGAGAAGCGACAACGCUCCCGCUCUCCGGACCGUCGCUACCCAGUGAGCAUGUAUACAGACCCGCGAUACGCCUAUCCACCCCCAGUGCCCCUGCCACCUCCGCCUCACGCAUACGAGUAUCUCAGGCAAGAUCGCGCCGCUGCCGCAUACUACGCGCCGCCUCCGCCCCCGUUGCCAAGGAUGCCGCCUCCGCCUUCAGCCGGUUACUAUUACGCUGCGGGAUCUGCUGCGCCGAGAGACCAUGGAUUCGGCGCGCCACCUCCACCGUACGACGAGUACUCGAGGUACCACGGCCGUUAGUCCAGGCAUGCUACUAGAACAAGCAAAGUAGAGCGGGGAUGAUGGUGUGCGAGCUGCUUUCUGUCCUUCUACCAAUUGAAAAGUUUUGCUUCUAGAACUGCGGAUUUGAGGUUCUUUUUUCUUACUUCAAGGGUAACCACAUUCGCCAUUGUUUUUGUUUUGAUUCUGUUUCUCAUGGAGGGUGGUUCAUUUCAGCUUGCUUGGUGGUGUGAUUGCCGGGUUGUGUGGUGUGUUUUCACUGUUUUUUUUGCGUUACGGAUCAAGGUUUAUGGGAUACAUGUUAUCGGUAUGCUGGGGAGGCUUUAGGAUUUUGAAUUGGGAACUUGGGACGCGUUUACUUCUAGGUGCUUGGUGGAUUUAAUAAAUUGCUGAUGUUGCUAUUCUUGAAUUUACGAGUGAUACGAGGUG